CGCGCUGCGCUGUGCUCCCGCCGCACGGCGGGCAGGCGGCAGGGGCGGCAGGGCGGGCGGCGGCCGCUGCUGCGGCGUGGGGCCGCGCCCGGGAGGCGGCCGCGGCGGCGGAGCGGGCUGAGCCAAGGCUGGUUACCCGGGAGAUUGUACUAGAGGACCUGCCCGGCCCUUUUCCCUCUCGGUGGUUUCCAUAUAAAACACGGUUUCUCCUGCUGUUCCCGCGGCGGUAUUGUUUCCCUCCGGCAUGCCCAGCCUUCAGCGCUUUAUGGUGGGGGACCCUUCAGUGGACAAACAAUGGUCGAGGUUCUGAGUCGUGCCUGAGCAGAGCGCUGAGAGCAGACCCCGGAAGCAGCAGCAAGGUGACCAGCGGCCAUGACCACGGAGACGGGCCCCGGUUUGGAGGUGAAGAACGUGCAGGAGGAGGCUCCGCAGCAGCAGCUGGAGGCAGCCGCGCAGGGCCCCACCGCCGCAGCCAGCCCCGCCGAGGGCAAUGAGAAGCCCGGGGCACAGUCCGAUGCCCGAAACAUGGAGCCGGGAACAGAGAUGGAGGAGAAGGACUACAGUGAGACUGAUGGGCUCUCUGACAAAACAACCCCCAGCAAGACCCAGAAGUCACCCCAGAAAACCACCAAGAAAGUGAAGAGUGCCCUCUGCAGAGUGACUCUGCUCGAUGCCUCCGAGUAUGAAUGUGAGGUGGAGAAGCAUGCCCGAGGGCAGGUCCUCUUUGAUAUGGUGUGCGAGCACCUCAACCUCCUGGAGAAGGACUACUUUGGACUCACCUUCUGUGACUCAGACAGCCAGAAGAACUGGCUGGACCCCUCCAAGGAGAUCAAGAAGCAGAUCCGCAGCGGGCCCUGGAACUUCGCCUUCACCGUGAAGUUUUACCCUCCAGACCCUGCCCAGCUCACGGAGGACAUCACAAGAUACUACCUGUGCCUGCAGCUCCGUGCGGACAUCAUCACAGGGCGCCUGCCCUGCUCCUUCGUCACACAUGCCCUGCUGGGCUCCUAUGCUGUGCAGGCUGAGCUGGGUGACUAUGAUGCUGAGGAGCAUGUGGGUAACUAUGUCAGCGAGCUGCGCUUUGCCCCCAACCAGACGCGGGAGCUGGAGGAGCGCAUCAUGGAGUUGCACAAGACCUACCGGGGAAUGACCCCCGGGGAAGCGGAGAUCCACUUUCUGGAGAAUGCCAAGAAGCUCUCCAUGUACGGGGUGGACCUGCACCAUGCCAAGGACUCAGAGGGUAUUGACAUCAUGCUGGGUGUCUGCGCCAAUGGCCUCCUCAUCUACAGGGACCGGCUGAGGAUCAACCGCUUUGCCUGGCCCAAGAUCCUCAAAAUUUCCUACAAGAGGAGCAACUUCUACAUCAAGAUCCGCCCGGGUGAGUACGAACAGUUUGAGAGCACCAUUGGCUUCAAGCUGCCCAACCACCGCUCCGCCAAGCGUCUCUGGAAGGUCUGCAUAGAGCAUCACACCUUCUUCAGGCUGGUGUCCCCGGAGCCACCCCCCAAGGGCUUCCUGGUGAUGGGCUCCAAGUUCCGCUACAGCGGGCGGACGCAGGCGCAGACACGGCAGGCCAGCGCCCUCAUUGACCGCCCGGCUCCCUUCUUCGAGCGCUCCUCCAGCAAACGGUACACCAUGUCUCGCAGCCUUGACGGAGAGUUCUCGCGCCCAGCCUCUGUCAGCGAGAACCACGACGCCAGGGCGGAGGGUGAGAAGCAGGACGAGGACGGUGAGUUUGGCAGCAGGAGAAGGUCUGAGAUGGAGGACGAGGAGGUGACCACCCCAACGAAAAUCAAGGAGCUGAAGCCGGAGCACGAAACAACCCCCAGGCACAAGCAGGAGUUUUUAGACAAGCCAGAAGAUGUUUUGCUGAAGCAUCAGGCCAGCAUCAAUGAGCUGAAACGGACCCUGAAGGAGCCCAACAGCAAGCUAGUUCACAGGGACCGGGACAGGAGGCUGCCUUCCUCACCAGCCUCUUCCUCACCCAAGCAUGAGGAUGAAACACCAAAGGGAACCCCAGAAAAGGCCAGCGAGACGAUUGAAGAGGACACCCUAGACGGUUUUGCAUCUGAGCACGGAGCUUCCCUAAGCAUGGAGUCUUUCACGCAGAAAAGCCUUGUCUCCUCUCCUGAGGGCUCGGAGCAUUGGGUAUUUAUAGAGAGAGAAACUCCUAGGCUGGAAGCGGUAGCUCUAAAGAAAGCUCUGGGAGUCAAGAAAGAAGAAGCACAUGCAGGUACCUCAAAGGUGAAAACGAGUGUGAGCAUAUUGAGAGUGGAGAUGGCAGGAGGCAAAGCCAAGGAACUGGCAGGCCAGGAAGAGCCAGCAGAUGCAGCCCUGGAUACCCAGACAAGAGCAAAAAUGAUUGCUAGUCCAGAGGAUUUUGAGUCCGUCUGGGAGGAUGAGAUCUAUGAGAAGGAAAGCAGGGGGGAGCCCAGCCAGGAGGCAGAGUGCCUGCCAGCUGCAAGCGCAGAGGAGGAGCCCCAAGGGCAGGGCGAGGAAGCAACCACCAGUGAGCCAGGUCUGCCCAAGUCACGUCAGCAGCCUGAAGAGAGGCAAAGGGCCAAGAUUUUGGGGCCAGAGCCUCCUCAGGGAGAGAGUGAGGUGUUCUCCAAGGAGCGUGCUUCUGCAGCCUCCAGGAAGCAGGAGGCCAGAGUGCCGUCCACAACCACAGAGCUUGUUAAAAUUAAAGUGAAGGCUGGCGACGACAGCUCAGAGACUUCUGCGAGCCAGAGGAUCAUCUACUUAGGAGAUCCAGAGGGAGAGGAGGACAGUAAUGCACACCUGCUCACAGGGGCUGGUGGACGGCUUGGCUUGGAGGAGAGACCAGAAGCCACUGUGAACAUGUCUGGGGAGGGAUCCGAGCACGUAGCACCUGAAGCAGAAGGGUUCCCUCCCUCUUCCUCAGCCAGUCAGCAACACAGGGCAGUGUUUGGAGAACCUGCUGAAGCACCGGAGAUGCCUGGGACAGGCUGUGAUGGGACCAGCCUGGCGGGACGUCCCACCAUGAGGCAGGAGGAAGGGCUGCCCCUGCAGCGAGAGGAAGCAUCUGCUGGGCUGGCAGGCUGCGAAGCACCCGAGGGAGGUGAAGCCCUACUGUGGUCCCGAGGGGCGGGACCAGAGGAGACACAUCGGCAAAGCUCAGUGGGAGGCUUGAAGUUGUGUGACCUGGCAGGGGAUGGCCGCAGGGCUGAGGAGCACAGAGGCAGCCCAGUACAGAGCCCGGACAUCUGCACCGCAGUGGGGGAGCUCUCAGGAAGGAUUGGGGCAGACAGCAAUGAGGAGGAAAGUGCCAGAGUGGUUCUUCAGAUGGAAGAGAUAGAGACCAAGUCAUCUCUGUCAGCUGUGCCUUGUCAGGGCCACCCUCACACCACCGUGGGGUCAGAGGGGGAUAAGCCCAGCGCUCCUGCCCCUUCGCCCUUUCCCCAGCCAUCCAGCCCUGUCCCUGCAGAGCCAGCCCCAGGCACUGAGCCUGAGGGCAGAAACCUGUCCCAGGGCAGUGGUCCUGUAAGAGCUGUGGGCACACCCAAGGACGUGAACCCCUCAGCGGAGGUGGCACACGAGGAGACAAGCCCUGCAGUGAGCAAAGGAGCACCCAAGGACAUGAGCCCUGCAGCAGAGGUGGCAGUACUUAGGGGCACUGGUCCUGAAUCUGAAGAACAACCCCAAGAUGUGGGCUUUGCCACAUGGAAACCACAGCAAGGUGCAAGUCCUGUUGCAGGAGGACCACCCCAAAACACAGAUGCUACAGUCAGAGACCCAGCCACAGGGGAGAUGGACCCUGUUGCAGCGAGGGCAGCCCCAAGCAAAGUUCCUGCCCCAGAAGAGCUGCUCAGGGAGGAGAAGCGCAUGACAGAAGAGCUCUCCCAGGACUUGGGGCCCACAUCAGGGAAGCUGACCAGAGUUGAAGACAAAAGUCCUUGCAUGGAAGAACUGCCUCUCCAGGCAGAACCAGCAGAACAACAGACUGAGGCCAUGAAAGGAGACCUGCCCCAAGAGGGUCCCAGGGCUGGAGGGCUGCCCCACAGUGCAGAUCCCAACGCAAAAGAGCCACCCUGGGACUUGGAGUUUAAUGUGGGACAAGAUUUGCAGGGCAGGAGUUCUACCACAAGAGAAACCACCAGGGACAGGGACCUUGCUCCAGGGCAGCCACCACAGGAUAAGUCUCCUCCCAGAGAAGCUGCUGAUGUCCCGCACUCCCACACCCCUGUAGCAGGAUUGUGUCAAGGAAGCGAGCCAUUCUGGUUUUCUAACUUGAUCUAUGAAGGCAAGGAAGAGCUGCAAGCAAACAAUGGGGCACAUCAAACACAGUCUGGGUCAUCGAUGUGUGUGGCUGGGAGGACAGGAGCUGUGUCCCAGGAGCAUGGAGAUGUCACUGUGGCCACAGGUAGCUUGCAGGGCAGCGAGACCUACAGGAAAACCUCGGUGGCCUCUAAGAUUAAGAUGUUUGAGCAAAGCGAAACGGAGCGAAGGGCAGCCCAGGAGGGACAAGAGUGUGUGACUGAAGCUGAGACGUCAGCAAAAGCAAAGGGAAAGACAGGUCUGGCACAGGAGAUGCUUUUGAACACGGGCCUCACCUCCCCGCUGGCAGUGCCAGUUACUUCAGCGGCAUCCAUGUCCAGUGUGGUCUCCUUGGCCCUUGAGCAAGGGGCUGGUUCAGGAGACACCUCCCAGCCCCUCUCUCUGAAGGAAGAUGUUUCUGUUGACCUGGAGCAUGAAGGAGAAGACAGUGCUGACCUGGCCUCCCCUGACUCUGGCUGCGAGCUCACACUGGCAGAAGCGGUGAGCAAAUCUCAGGAACCAAACGGGGAAGAAAAGGAUUUAUCUGACCCAUCAGUAAUAUCCAGCCUGAAAGAAGAGAAUCUAAAGACUGCUGUUCCAGUGGUCUUCCAGAGAGCGGGCUUGAGGGAGGGCGCCGAGGAGAAAGCUAAGCCACCUCGGCACCGGGCUCCCGAGAGUGACACCGGUGAUGAGGAGCAGGACCAGGAGAAGGACUCGGUCUUUCUGAAGGACAACCACCUGGCCAUCGAGCGCAAGUGCUCCAGCAUCACGGUCAGUUCAACCUCCAGCCUGGAAGCAGAGGUGGACUUCACAGUGAUCGGUGACUUCCACGGCACAGCCUUUGAGGACAUCUCCCGCAGCCUGCCCGAGCUGGACAAGGACAAGAGUGAAACAGAAGACGAAGGCCUGGUUUCCUUCCAGCACACUGACAAAGUAGUUCCCAGGCUGGAAGAGGAUGUCAAAGGCGGGGAGAAGGUCUCCCAGCCCAGCCCAGAUGUCUCCCAGCUAGAGUCAUCAGCCCCGAAAACAGAUGCUGUGACCGUCAGCCUGGGGCUGGGCAUGAAGAAGCCCGAAGCAGAUGACUCUGCUCCCCAGCAGGUGGAAGAAGGCACCCCGGGCAACAGGGACACCACAGCCACUGCUCACACUGGCACGGCAGAGACAGCACUGGCGACCUCAGAUCACAGCACCAGGGCUGGGAAGGGGGCUGUUCCCACGACAGACCUUCGCUCCCUCUCACCGAUCACCAGUGGCUCCACUGGGAAGGAGGUGCUCACCAGCAUAUUCAGUGCCACUGCGGAAACCCUCUCCACUUCUACCACUACCCACGUUACCAAGACUGUGAAAGGAGGGUUUUCCGAGACCCGAAUAGAGAAGCGCAUCAUUAUCACAGGAGAUGAAGAUGUGGACCAGGACCAGGCACUGGCUUUAGCAAUCAAAGAGGCAAAACUACAGCAUCCUGACAUGCUGGUAACCAAAGCUGUGGUAUACAGAGAAACAGAACCUUCUCCAGAGGAAAGGGACAAGAAGCCUCAGGAAUCCUGACCAACAAGUUCACAGAAGUCGGCAUCUGUAUUCAAACCCGUAGAACAGCGGAGAAGGAGCCUUCAUGCUGGAUUUGUCAGCAAGACAUAGACAUCCUGGCUGCAAUGUUCAUGGCGAGAGACAAAAAUUUUUAAAAAAGGAAUAGCAAAUAUAUUAUAUAUAUAUAUACAUACAUACAUACAUAUAUAUAUAUAUAUAUAAAAACAGGAAACAAAAUGCAUCCUUGCACUGCUGCUAUAUGCUGGAAAUGAAUAGCAAACAACAACACCAACAAACAAAGCCAACCCUUUGCAGAUAAAUUGAAGAAUUUACUGGAUUGGUGAUAAAAUAAGAUUUAAAAAAUCCUAAUAAUAACAGUAAUAUUGUUAAUAAUACAAUAAGCCACCAUCUUGCAUGUUAUAUUAAAGGAUACACAAUCAUGAGAUCAUUUGUUGCACACUGAAUGGAAAGGAAAACUGCUUUGCAACAAAGCAAGAAAUAAGCAAACUGAAAUAAAAACCCACAAGCAGAAGCAAAACCAUUCCCCACUCUGAAAGAAGAGAGAAAAACAUUGGAUUUAUUACCUUAGAGUUAUUUUCCGAUUCACAAGUGUCGUUUUGCCCUUCUCCUCAUUCCAUGCUGGUUCUUUUGCAUCUUUUGGGGUUCUGUUAACUCUUCCCUUCCCUUUCUUAUCUUCUUCUCUGUGCACUUGUCCAGCCUCUUGUUCUCUGAAGGUUAUUUAAGAAUGGAUUUCAUUUCAAACAAAACAAAUGAUACGUAUAUGGUUUCUCAUUUAUAAAAAAGCAGCCUGUAGGGGUUUCAUAUGGAUGUGCAUUUAAGUUAUGUAUAUUAUUAUAUAUAUAUAACAAGGGGGGAGGGAGGGAACAAUACUGAAAUAAUUCAACAGUACUGGUAAAUUUGACAACAUUUUUAAAUUAUUAACUCUUUGAUUGACUAUGGUUGGUGUAUUUUGAGACUCUUAGAUCACACAUGGGACUCUCACUCCCGCAAGAAGAGAAUGGGGAAGGUUUCAGCCACUGCUGUUUGCGAGGGAAAGGGGAGAGGGCAAGAGAUGGGAGAUGUCCCACCAGCUGAUCUGCAGUGUAUGGUGGUUGGAUUUGGAGGGUCAGUGGUGGACUUGGAGGGGCAGGGAAGGAGGUUGAGGCUGCAGCUCUGGCAGCUGCAGGCAGAAUCAUCUCCCCAGCCCCUAGCCAGAGCCAUGUGAGUCAGCUGGGAGCAAGGUGGCAGCUGCAAGGUUGCACCCAUUGCUCCUUUCCAGCCCACUGAACUGUGCUGGUGGUUGGAGUGGGUUUGCUUUGUUUCUGGAUCCCAGUAAUGAAGUUACUUGAGCUUUGUAGCAGGGUUGAAGGCAGAGGGGUUGUUUCAGCCCUGCCUGCCCCACUGCCUGGGUUGUGAUGGUAAGGGCUGCCUGAGGCACUGUGGGCUGGUGACAGCGAUGGCAGUCCUUCCACCAGCCUGCCUAGGGGUGGGCAGUGGAGAGACUGUGCUGUCUCCAUCACUGCAGAGCAUCCCCAGCAUGCCAGGCUGGACCAGAGAGCCCAGGCCCUCUGCAUAAGAAGGUGCAUGUUGAGGAGGUGUCAGUGGAGCUGCUUUCCCCCGGCUCAUCCCAGCUCAGCAUUUAGCCACAGGCUUCCUCUACAGCUGCCUUUGGAAGGGGAUCUUGGGCCAAGCCCAGGGCCUCGUACACUGUGAACCAGGCAGUUAGGGUAGACCUGGAACCAAAAUCAGAAAGGAAAGGAAAUAAAUGGGUUUCCUUCUUGGAAUCAUCUCUAGCUCCUGUGGAAACAGAAGGGCCCACAAUUCUGCACCAUUUUGCCUUUAGUCUCCCACCCCUCACACAGACUGUGCCCAGAAAUAGGUGUGUUUUGUCAGGUCCUGCAACGGCUCGGAGGAUGACAGCGAGCAGGAGAGCCUGUACCGUGAGGAUGUUGUGGGCAGACCCCGCUCACUGCCUUUGAUGUCCCAGGAGAAAGCCUGCUCCCUGGCAGCCAGGGUGCACCAGUUGCUUGCUAGUACGGCUCCGUAAAGUCUGUUCUUCUGGCAGAGAGGUUUCUUCUGCAAGCAUAAAAGGCAUGAGCACAGGCUGCUCGGGAAGCAGACAGAGCUGCUGGCUGGCGCCAGUGCUGCCAGGUCGUGAGCAUCUCCCCAGCUUACAUCCAAGCGCCUUCAGCUACUUUUAAAGACUAGGCCCCCAACCAAAAAAGAGUUAAGGCAGUUGCAAAGAGGCUGAUUUUCUCUCUUUCCUUUUUUCAAUUCACCCAAACCAGCUGUAAUCAGCAGUGGCACUUUCAGAGAGAGGUGGUGGUGGAGGAGUUGUGGUCUGCACAUGGUGCUGGUGUUCAUCAGCACACUGUGUGUUUCAUACUUGGAGGAGCCCACCUGGCUUUGAUGCCUUUACAACCUACCAGAAGCUACUAUGAAACUAGAUACUUGCUUUUGACAUUGUGUACAGUUAUAAAUUUGAUGGUUACUGUUAAAAUCAGUGGCCUUACAGAGUUAGACUUGAUGUGCGCUUGGACUGAAAUGAGUUCCGUUUGGAGUGAGCAGAUCCAGUCCCUGGCUUCCGCAGUGUGUUUGAUGGGUGGUGGUGUUUAAAAAACUUAAAAAAAAAAAAAAAGAAAAAAAAAAGAAAAAAAAAAGAAAAAAAAGGAAAGAAAAAAGCUCACUGCUUGUUUGCCUGGGGAGGUGUGGGUUUCUGCUGCUCAGCAACAACUGAGGCCCCUGUGGGCUCAGCUCCCCCAGCCUGCUCAUCACCUUGCCUCCGUUUCAGACAGCUGAUCACUGCUUGUUUUCUUCCAGGGGCCUUUCUGUUGAAAGGGGUGGGAGACCCGAGUGCCUGUUUUUACCUGAUCCCACAAAUUCAUUCCAAACCUGGCCUGCGAUUGCCUGAGUAAUAAUAACAGUAACAAUAAUAUUUAUUUUUAUUUGAGAAGCACCUUACCAACCAACUGCAAUGCCUCUGUUGUUCCUUCACUAACUUUCCUUUUCUCUUCCUUUGUUCUCCCUCUCCCCCCUUCAGUCAUACUCCUUUUAAGUGCUUGGUGGUGUAUGCGUGUGUGCUCACUGUUCUUGUAUUCAAUGAAAGUGAAAUAAAUGUGUUUGAUGCUAAAUCAG